UACUCUGCUAAAAGCAGAAAGCAAGAUUAGCUUCGGUAUCAGUUUUAUAGCUGUAGCAAAAUAGCAUCGGCUUUUAUGAAUUGUUGUUAAUUCCAAACAUACAUACAUUCAAGUGCGCUGCCCUCCGAGAAUCGAUUUCAGCAAUUCAGGAAACCAUUGAUUUGUGCUGCCCUCUCAACUCUCGAUUUGGUUUCUGGGAACAAUCCAAGGUUUUGUGAACUGCUGAUUCACUAAUUCUGAUGAUACAUUGAUUGUAAUUCAAGCAACUCUCUCAUUUGUCCAUCUCGAAAUCGACGGCAACGAACCAUUUUCAGGUGCAAUUUCGGUUUUUCUCAGCUUCAGUUUGUCCGCUUCCAUUCGGUGCUUCCUUGUUGUUAAUCUAUCUUUGUAGUAUUAUUUGAGUAGAAAAUGAGUUCGACGGUUGCUCUGCGUUCGAUUUUCAUGGAUGGAGGGUGUUUUUCCAGGUUUCAGGAUGAAGCCAAAUUGCUGAAAGCUAGGAAAAUGCCUGUGAGGUGUUCAGUGAUAUCAGCUCAGAAACUGGAUAAGUCUAUUAGAGUUGGUAUUCUUGGAGCCAGUGGGUAUACUGGUGCAGAGCUUAUUAGAUUCCUUGCAAACCAUCCUUACUUUGGCAUUUCUCUGAUGACUGCUGAUAGAAAAGCUGGUCAAUCAAUUGGAUCAGUAUUUCCACAUCUGAUCACACAGGAUUUGCCAGAUUUGGUUGCAGUUAAGGAUGCAGAUUUUUCCAGUGUAGAGGCUGUUUUUUGUUGUUUGCCACAUGGCACAACACAGGAAAUUAUCAAAGGUCUUCCAACUAAUUUAAAGAUUGUUGAUCUUUCUGCGGAUUUCAGAUUACGAGAUAUCAAUGACUAUGGAGAAUGGUAUGGCCAGCCUCACAGAGCAUCAGAAUUACAGAAAGAAGCUGUUUAUGGUCUCACAGAGAUAUAUAGAAACAAGAUCCAAAGUGCACGGCUUGUUGCAAAUCCUGGAUGUUAUCCUACUACUAUUUUGCUCCCACUUAUCCCGUUACUGAAGGCCAACCUUAUUGCAUUGCAAAAUAUCGUUAUUGUCUCAAACUCUGGAGUUAGUGGAGCAGGCCGGAGUGCAAAAGAGGCGAAUUUGUACACAGAAAUAUCUGAAGGGAUAUUUUCUUAUGGCAUCACCAGGCAUCGUCAUGUGCCUGAAAUUGAGCAAGAAUUGUCGGAUGCUGCAAAUUCAAGAGUAACCGUUAGCUUUACUCCUACCUUAAUGCCAAUGAGCCGAGGCAUGCAAUCAACUAUAAACGUACAGAUGGCUCCCGGAGUUUCAGUUGAGGAUUUGAAGCAACAAUUGACGGGCUUCUAUGAGAAGGAAGAAUUCGUAGUUGUGCUGCCGAAUGAUGCAGCUCCACACACGAAAUACGUCCAAGGCUCCAACGGUUGUCAUAUAAACGUAUUCCCAGAUCGCAUCCCAGGGAGAGCAAUAAUUAUCUCCGUUAUCGAUAAUCUUGUGAAGGGAGCUUCCGGUCAAGCUUUACAGAAUCUUAACUUGAUGAUGGGAAUUCCAGAAAACACUGGGCUCAGCUGCAUGCCUUUAUUUCCUUAGCUGCAUCGCUACAAGAAUAUGAGUAAGCAAGCGUGUAUUCUCAACUCGCCCUCCGUUUUUCCAUUAAGCUGUCUGUAUGGAUUAAGCUAAACCGUUGGUUUGUUUGUUGUGUUGAAUAAACAGUCUACAGUGAGUAUUGUCAUCCAAGAAAGAUCGUUAACAUUUGAUGGGAUCCUGACAAGUCAUGUGUCAUCUGUUUCCCAAUCGAAUCGAGUUCAUUUUCAAGAUUUCUUUUUUUUACUAUUAGCUUGGUGACAUCGACACAAAAUGAAUUA